AUGCUACAAUCGUCAUCUUAUGAUAUACCUAUAACUACAAACGCACCGCGCUCUGUGUACACGACUGUGACGUCUCCCGAACACAGUCUCAGGGUGACAGAGACCAGGCCAGCAUACGAGAUGUUCUCGACAGUCAGUUUAUCAUUAUCGUUAUCAUCGGAGCCUACAGAGAUAACACGCCUGAUGAAUCAUCACUUCAGCCGACUGCUGAGUGACUGCCGGGUGACCUCAUACACCUCCCGCUAUGGAUCGAAAAGCCAUUUCGAGAACAAUGCUCAAUUAUGA